AUGGCAGUUAUUCCAGGCAUGUCCGACUACUCGGGCAGCUCGCCUUUCCACCUUGGCAUCACACUUCUACUGUCCUGUCUAUCAAUGAUGCCCAUAUAUUUGAUCGGUCUCGUCGUUUAUAAUGUCUACUUCCACCCGCUGGCCAAGUAUCCAGGCCCAAAGUCCAUGGCAGCAACACGCAUUCCCAACAUGUAUAUGGUCGCAUCCGGUCAAAUACAUCGAGUUAUAACACGGCUACAUGAAAAGUACGGUCCUGUUGUUCGGGUUGCCCCGAACGAACUUUCUUUCGUCACCAACGGCGAGGCCUGGAAGCCAAUCUAUGGUAGUAGACCCGGCCACAGCCAAAAGCCAAAAGAUGCUCUAUUCUAUCAAGAGACCAUCGGUGGCUUCCCUAGCAUCAUUUCUUCCAAUGAUGCAGAUCACACUCGCUUCCGUCGCUCACUAUCUCAUGCAUUCUCCGAUGGUUCUCUUCGUGGUCAGGAACCCAUCAUCAAGGGCUAUGUUGAUCUAUUAAUCCAGCGGUUGCACGAGACCAUAAAUAGGGGAACAAUAUCCGUGGAUGCCGUCUCGUGGUACAACUUUACCACUUUUGACAUCAUCGGAGAUCUAGCAUUCGGUGAACCAUUCAACUGUCUUCAGGACUCGAGCUAUCACCCGUGGGUAAGCAUGAUAUUUGCAGGUGUCAAGGCCGGGGCUAUAAUCAGUUUGGUUCGCCGCGUACCCUACCUAGAAUCUUUGAAACGGCUCUUCACUCCUCAAAAGCUUAUGCACGCUAGACUGGACCAUCAAAGAUUGACCAAGGAGAAAGUCCAGAUUAGAAUGGGAAAAUCAAAUGAUCGGCCUGAUUUCUUUGCAAACAUUCUCAAACAGAAGGACCCGUCUAAAGCAUUCAGUGAGGGCGAACUAUAUACCAAUGCAGAUCUGUUGAUUAUCGCUGGCUCGGAGACCACUGCUACUUUACUCUCGGGAGCGACAUAUCUCCUGCUGAGAAGCCCACGCGCCUUUGCCAAGCUGAAGGAGGAGAUAAGAGGCGCCUUCAGGUCUGAUGCGGAUGUUACUCUAGAGGCCUGUAACCGGCUGGUUUAUCUGCAGGCCUGCUUGAAUGAAGCGUUGAGAAUGUACCCGCCGGUUCCUGUUGGAUUACCUCGUGUUGUUGAUGCUCAAGGUGACACUAUCGAUGGACAUUUUGUACCAGGAGGCACAACUGUCUCGGUCUCUCACCUGACAACAUAUCACUCGGAGAAGAACUUCAAGGACGCAAGGCACUUUUUACCUGAGCGUCAUCUCGAUGAUCCUCGAUAUGCGUCUGACAAUAAAAAUGCACUACAGCCCUUUAGCUUUGGUCCAAGGAAUUGCAUUGGUCGCAACCUUGCGUAUGUGGAGAUGCGCUUGAUACUCGCUCGACUGAUUAUCAACUUUGAAAUGGAGCUUGCUGAGCCCGACUUUGACUGGAUAGACCAAAAGGUGUAUACUCUGUGGGAGAAACCGCCACUAAUGCUCAAGCUUCUUCCAAGAGAUAUAGCGAAGUCGGAGAAAGCUUGA